GGAGUUAGUCCCGGUGAGAAACGCAGGUCGAAUGUAACCUGUGAGCCGGCUAAUGCCGCCGCUAGCCACUCGAGCCGAGCUGAGGCUCGGUCCUUCCUUCUAUAUAUACGCAUAUAGGCAUACCGCAUAGGCAGCAAAGCCAGUCGAGGGGGCCAAAGACGAUAGGGCAAACAUGGCCGUCUUCAUCAGCUCCUCCGGCUCGCCAGGGCGCGCCACGGCGACGACCACGACGACGACGACGCUCCUACUCGCAGUACUAGCGGCCGCCGCUGCCGCCGGCCUCCUCUUGGCGCCGGUCGCGGCACGCGGGUCACCGCCCGAGCACGACAAGCAGCUGCAGCUGCAGCAGCAGGAGGACGACCGCAUCCUGGGGCUGCCGGGGCAGCCCAACGGCGUGGCGUUCGGCAUGUACGGCGGCUACGUGACCAUCGACGACAACAACGGCCGCGCGUUGUACUACUGGUUCCAAGAGGCCGACACCGCCGACCCGGCGGCCGCGCCGCUCGUCCUCUGGCUCAACGGCGGGCCUGGGUGCUCCUCCAUCGGCCUAGGCGCCAUGCAGGAGCUCGGCGCGUUCCGCGUCCACACCAACGGCGAGAGCCUCUUGCUCAACGAGUACGCAUGGAACAAAGCCGCCAACAUACUCUUCGCAGAGUCGCCGGCCGGUGUGGGAUUCUCUUACAGCAACACCAGCUCUGACCUAUCCAUGGGCGAUGACAAAAUGGCCCAGGACACGUACACUUUCCUGGUGAAAUGGUUCGAGAGGUUCCCGCACUACAAGUACCGCGAAUUCUAUAUUGCCGGGGAAAGCGGCCACUUUAUUCCACAGCUCUCCCAAGUUGUGUACAGGAACAGGAACAACUCACCUUUCAUUAACUUCCAAGGGUUGCUGGUUUCCAGUGGUCUGACCAACGACCACGAAGACAUGAUCGGCAUGUUCGAGUCGUGGUGGCACCACGGCCUCAUCUCCGACGAGACCCGGGACAGCGGGCUCAAGGUCUGCCCGGGCACCUCCUUCAUGCACCCCACGCCGGAGUGCACCGAGGUGUGGAACAAGGCCCUGGCCGAGCAAGGCAACAUCAACCCCUACACCAUCUACACGCCCACGUGCGACAGGGAGCCCAGCCCGUACCAGCGCAGGUUCUGGGCGCCCCACGGCCGCGCCGCCCCACCACCAUUGAUGCUGCCCCCCUACGACCCCUGCGCAGUCUUCAACUCCAUCAACUACUUGAAUCUCCCCGAGGUGCAAACGGCCUUACAUGCCAAUGUCAGCGGCAUCGUAGAGUACCCAUGGACUGUAUGCAGCAAUACCAUAUUUGAUCAGUGGGGACAGGCAGCCGAUGACCUGCUACCCGUCUAUAGGGAGCUCAUUCAAGCUGGACUCAGGGUCUGGGUCUACAGUGGUGACACAGACAGUGUAGUGCCGGUGAGUUCGACCAGGCGCUCUCUUGCCGCCCUGGAGCUUCCUGUUAAAACUAGCUGGUACCCAUGGUACAUGGCCCCAACCGAGCGCGAGGUUGGUGGCUGGAGCGUGCAGUAUGAAGGCCUGACCUAUGUCACCGUCCGUGGCGCCGGGCACUUGGUUCCUGUGCACCGUCCGGCACAGGCGUUCCUCCUGUUCAAGCAAUUCCUCAAGGGCGAACCCAUGCCGGCCGAGGAAAAGAAUGACAUCCUCCUUCCUAGUGAGAAGGCUCCCUUCUACUGAGCAGGGGAGCACUGCCUGCGGCGGCGUGGCUCGUGUGCUUGAUGGCGACGAUUCCGUGGUGAUCCUUGAGUGUUUUCAUGAAUAAAAGGUUAAAAGUUGUUGAGAUGUAUGUGGAGUAGUACUAUGUUGCUGGUUUUUUUCUUCCGAGCUAUGAAUAAUGUACAAGGCAAACAGUUGGCCUGGCGAUGGAUCUAGUGUAUGUUUCUCCUGGAAGCCAUAUAUGAAUAAUGCAUGUUUUGGUUGUGCCUAAAUUAAAU